AUGCUCCAACAACUCUUACAAGGGCAAGCCAAAGGUUCACUGGAAAUGAACCACAAGUUGGUUGAGAUAAACUCCAAAAUUGAGUCAUUAACUUCAAGAGUCCAAAUCAUUGAGUCUUCUAGUGCUCAUCCUCUUCACCUCAAGAGUCUUUUGGAGCAUUCUGGAGCAUAUGGGAUAAGGAGCAUGGAGGGACUUGGGCAUGGACGCAGCUCAACUGGAUACGCAAAGGAAGAAGGAGGAAGCCAUCUUGAAGACCAGCUCGACCACCUACUCGACCAACCGGUCGAGUUCCUCAACUCGACCGGCCAAGCUUCAACUCGAUCGAGCUGA